GAGAAGAUUAUUCCUUUCUUGCUCCACCUAGCCAUAGCAGAAGCAAAGUCUUCCCAGUACCCACCCACUAGUCUAAUCUCACAUGCUGAUGCAUCCUCCUAAUCUAAUCUCUUGAAUCUUUAAAAACAAAAGAAAACCAGUAGUGAUAAAUAAUUACAUGAGGCCCCAAGCUUGCUCCUCUCCUCCAUCCCAUUCCAAUUCCAAGAACGGGGCAGUGGAGGAGAGGAGAGCCCAACUCAACGAGGUACGAUGCGUUCAAUAACGGGACUAGUGUUUGUGCUUGCACUGGCUAUAGCCUUAUCAAACGAGGUUGCAGGGAGCAGAGAGUUUAAUAUCUUGGAAAUUCAAGCUUCAGAAGGGUUGCCCUUUAGAUCUGUCCCUUCUGCUAUAUUGAAUUCAGCUCAGGAUGGCUUGCCUGUUGCAGCCAAGGGACCAGGACUAACUGCAGCCAGUGGGAAACUGUGUCAAUUAUGUGAGCGGUACUCAACUGAGGCAUUGCUCUACCUCAAACAAAAUGAAACCCAGACAGAGAUUCUUAGCAUUCUACACCAUGAAUGUGCAAGCCUUGCUCCUCUGAAACAGCAGUGCAUCACGUUGGUCGACUACUACGUACCCCUUUUCUUCUUGGAGGUUUCAAUGCUUACCCCUGAAAAGUUCUGUGAAUCUGUUCACCUCUGCACGAAUGGAAUGAAGAUUAGCCUACCCACUCGGGAGGGUAUUUGCGGUUUAUGCCACCACGUUCUUGUUGAAGCUCUUGUCAUGCUUAAAGACCCGAACACACAGCUUGAGGUAAUCGACCUACUCCUCAAUACAUGCAGCAAGGCACAGAACUAUGAACAGUGCAAGCAUCUGGUCCUCAAGUAUAUCCCGCUGGUUCUGGUCAAGGGCCAGAAGUUCCUCGAGACGACUGAUGUCUGCACUGUAAUACAUGCAUGCAAAACAGGCACGCAAUUAUCAAUGGAGGGCAUGCCUCUAUCUGCCACUCUGUGAAGAUAUGAAUCAGAACAAGGUUUAUCUAUCUAGGAAAUCAAAUUGGACAGAAAAGAUGAAUAUCAGAAGACUAUUGGAGCUCUUUUUCUCUAUUUGUCGAAACACUAUUGAUUGGUGAAAAUUCGUGUCAAAACUUUGGUGUAAAUUUGGAGCCUUGUCCACUGAUAUAUGUAAACUAUAUUGCAACCGAGCACCUGCAACCAUCUCGAGCAUCGGAUUGAGAAGUUGUAGGGGACGAUCACAUUGAAUGUAUUAUCUAUUGUUUGUAACUACCGAGAUUUAAUUCAGUGUUGCUGCCAACUGUUCUGUA